AUGUCCACGUUACAAAACACAGUACGGUCACCUCUAUCACGAACUCCAGAAACGCUAACCCCACAAAUACUUCAUUGUUAUCGAUUCCGUCCCGAUGACCAAGAACUGAUUCGCUUCUAUCUUUACGAAAAAAUCACUAACCCUGAUCUCUUCUCCGCCAUGAGCAUUCCUGUUAGAGAUUGUCAUCUGUUUGGCAGCCAAGCCAGAGAACCUUGGCAAAUUUGGGAGUCCUUCCCCAAACGCGAUGGAGAGGAUCUCUUCUUCUUCACUCAACUCACCAAGAAAGGCAAGAACUUUGUCCGCAAAAUCAGCCGCGGCCCUGGAACAUGGCACCAAGAGUACAAAGACCCUCCUUUCAAUGUCUCUGUCGACCACAACACCGAAGUCGAAGCCAUCAAAAAGCUAUUCACUUAUCGUAAUCCUAAAUCUGACCAAAAUGGCUCCUGGUUCAUGUUUGAGUACAGUCUACCAUCACUCUCCCAACAAACUGUCUUGUGCCAAUUGAGAAAGAAAGAAGUCCACACCACCGAGACAGUACAAACAACAACAACCACAACCACAAAAAAGAGGAAGAGGGAUGCUGACAGUGUUGAUGAUGCAACAAAUACGAUACUUCAAAAGCCCAGGUACAACUUGGAGGCUGAACCAGUCUUUGAUAAUGGCGUGCAAUCCGACAAUUUUGAGACUUUUUAUUUUGAACCCCCAACUGUGCAAGACUUCGAAAAUAAUCUGAUGGUUGCCGAUUCAGAUAAUAUUACAUCCACUAGCAAUGCUGCACUACCAGCUGUAUCUGCAUUAAAUCCAGCAGAGAAGUUGCAGCCAACUGGCAAUGAUGGGGAUGCUGCUGCAACAGAGGAUGAUGAUUUCCAUCAAGAGCUUUCAUGGCUGCUAGAUUCGAGUAGUUGCUAUGACGAGGCAGAUGGGGUUCCAGCAACUCAUGCAACAGCAGAGGCGAGUGCUUUUCGGAUUCAAGCUACACCAACACUGGAUGAAUCCUUCACUCCUGAUCCUGUUGAUUGUCAUCUUGAACAUGGAUUUUCCGAUUCCAGCCUUACCAAUUUGUCAGAGUCAUAUUCCCAAAUGCUGCUGGAAGCAAAUCCUACAUGA